UGUCUACUUCUUCAUUCAUAACAAUCUAACUACUACUACUACUACUACUACUACUACUACUACUACUACUACUACUACUACUACUACUACUACUACUACUACUACUACUACUACUACUACUACUACUACUACUACUACUACUACUACUACUACUACUACUACUACUACUACUACUACUACUACUACUACUACUACUACUACUACUACUACUACUACUACUACUACUACUACUACUACUACUACUACUACUACUACUACUACUACUACUACUACUACUACUACUACUACUACUACUACUACUACUACUACUACUACUACUACUACUACUACUACUACUACUACUACUACUACUACUACUACUACUACUACUACUACUACUACUACUACUACUACUACUACUACUACUACUACUACUACUACUACUACUACUACUACUACUACUACUACUACUACUACUACUACUACUACUACUACUACUACUACUACUACUACUACUACUACUACUACUACUACUACUACUACUACUACUACUACUACUCCGACUACUACUACUACUACUACAACUACUACUACUACUACUACUACCACCACAACUACUACCACUACUAUUGCGACUACUACACUGAUCACUCAUACUAAUAAAACUACUCACACUUAUAUUAUCACAA